AUGUUUUCGAAAUCAAGGGACGAUGCCACGGUCGAUGACCGCGAGUUUGUACCGGGAACAACCCACUUGGUCGAUGUGGAGGGCAUCUUGAAUGUCAAGAAAAAAUCAGUUGAAGGAGAUGUCAUCUUGCACCCACAGCCAACUUCAAACGUCAACGAUCCAUUGACAUGGUCCAAGAAGAAGAAAUACUUGCAGUUUGCGCUCAUUUGGUUCUGGGGGUUCAUGUUGGCAGUCAGCACGAAUUUCCUGGGCCCGCUUUUCGUCACCUGGGUCGAUGAAUGGAACACGACGUUUGGAAUGAUGGGGGUGACCGUUGCCGUUUCGUUCAUUUUCCUCGGAGUCGGCGUAUGCGUCGUGCAACCUACUGCUUUGAAAGUGGGGAAGCAGUUUUGUUACAAUUGUGGUACCAUAUUGGCUAUCAUCUCGUGCAUAUUUGGUGCGUUUUCCAAGAAUAUCGGCUACUUGAUCGCCUUCAAUGUCUUGACUGGUCUAGCUGCUGCGCCGGUGGAUUCACUUCUUGAAGCUUCAUCUACUGAUUUGUUUUUCCGACACGAAAGAUCCACGGCGUUCAGUUUGGUGGUGUUGGCCUUGUACGCUGGUAGCUUUUUGGGCCCAGUUGCUGCCGGUUACAUCACUGACAACUUGCACUGGAAGUGGUGUUUUUACAUCCAGAUCAUGAUCUAUGUUCCCCUCUUGGUGGCUCAGGUAUUUUGGAUGGAAGAGACCUCGUUUAGAAGAGAUGAGAAUGACGAAGAGGUUUUGGAAGAAGGCAUCCUAUCCCAAAUUCACACCAUCAAGAGCGGUGGCGGUAUUUCACAAGUUGAAAGCAAAAUCCUCAGAAAUAACAAAGAGAUUGGCGAUGUCGACGUUGCAGCAUCGGAAAAGUCAAGCGUGUCCUCCCUGGUGCCGUAUACGUGGCUUCAGAAAAGAAAUUGGAUCCACACAGAACAAAACGAUCCGCGAUCCUGGUUGUCGAUUUUCACAAGACCCAUCUUUUUGAUUCUGUUCCCGGCAGUCAUAUGGGCUGGUGUCGUUUACGGCUUCCAGAUGUGUUGGCUUUCUCUUUUAACCAAUACCCAGGCACUUAUCUACGAAAGUGAGCCAUACAACUUUAGUGUCGAGAGCACUGGUCUCACCAAUCUUGCAGUCUUUGUGGGCAAUGUCGUUGGCAUGAUUUAUGGUGGUAAUUUCGUCGAUUGGUUCUCUGUCAAAAUGGCUAGACGCAACAAUGGUAUCAUGGAACCCGAGCAUAGAUUGCAUACAAUGGUGGUUCCUACGCUAAUUAACGCCGGUGGUAUCUUGGCCUACGGGCUAGGCUCAUAUUAUGGGGACCAUUGGGCAAUUUCCGUUGUUAUCGGCCAAGGGUUCAUGGGUUUCGCCAUGAGUUCCUCAGGUGCAGUGUGCUUAGUCUAUGCUGUUGAAUGCUACGAGAAGCUCACAAACGAAACCCUUGUCCUCAUUUUAUUCAUGAGAAAUAUGAUUAGUGUCGGGUUCAAUUUUGGAAUAUCGCCCUGGAUCACCAAUCAGGGACUAAUGGGCUCGACUUAUGUUAUGUUUGCGCUCUCGUUGGCCAUCAAUGGCAGCUACCUCAUAUUUGUAAUCUGGGGUAAGGACAUGAGAAGAUGGACUAGAAAGAGAUAUGACAAAAUUAGCGACCCUCUCUACGGUGAAGUCUUUAAUAGAAAGUAA